AUGUUCAAAAUUAUCCGUAUUGAAGUCGAGUUCUAUUGGAUGAAUAUCAACCCUACUCGUCCCUGCUCAUUGGAUGUAGCUGUCGAAACCUUGCAGUUUUUGCGCAAAGUUAUACUUUAUGAUAAAUAUGAAACAAUCACUGACCUUCUUAAAGCCUUGAAUUCUCAUGGUCGCUGGAUUUGUGCCAUGGUUCCAACUGAGCUAGUCAUCCGCAAUGUAUUGAUGAUGGUUGCUAAAUUAGCACGAGAGGAGAGCUCUCGAGAUUCAGGUGAACCUAUCUCUGCUUUUGAUUCCUUGAAUAAGUUAUGGAGAAAAAGUGAGGAUACUGUUGGAGUCGCUAGCGGAAAGAAAAUGAAGAAAGGGCUAAUUCAGGCUAUAAACGAGGUAUCUUCUGAGAUGUCCCUAUCUUGCGAAAAUAUAGCUGCUCGAGCCGCUGACCUUAUCAGUCUCCAAGAUGUUUUAAUAGUCCAUCAUCUCAGCGAAUCACCUACGUUGUCAGCUUUUCUUGCAUCUGCACGUCUUACUAGGAAACAUAGGGUUAGUUCAUAAUU